AUGAAUGUUGAAGUCGACCCCACUGAGGAUACUGAAUGGAACGAUAUCCUUCGAGAACAUGGAAUUAUUCCCCAAAAACAACCAUCACAAGAUGAAUUAAUCGAGGAAGCAUUACAGGAGUCUUUAAAAAAGGCACAUGAUAAUCGGUUGGAAAACAAAACAUUGGAUGAACUUGAUGAUUUAGAGGAUGAAGAGGAUGAGGAGUUUCUAGAAUUAUAUCGCCGCAAAAGAAUGGAGGAGCUUAAAGCACAAACUUCUCGAAAUAAAUUUGGAGAACUUUCAACUAUUAGCAAACCUGAAUAUACUUCUGAGGUUACCGAUGCCUCAAAAAAUGAUACGUUUGUAUUUUUGCAUAUUAUGUACAAUGGAGUUCCCGAAUCUAAACUUUUGUCAGCUAGCAAAAGAAGAAAACAAAAAAGAUAUACACGGGCAACCGACCAAAUUUUAUAUGAUGACAUGAAAAAUAAAGAAUCCAUAACCAAGCUUAAUCACCAACCAUUAGAUGAAACAAAACCAGGAUUAGGCCAAUAUUAUUGCAUCAAUUGUGCUAAAUAUUUUGAUUCCGUUUCUGCAAAGAAUACUCAUAUGAAGGGCCGAUUUCAUAAGAGACGAGUAAAAGAGCUUAAAGAAGGACCGUACACUCAGGAAGAAGCAAACUUUGCUGCUGGACACAAUGUUAAACUAUAUUUACAAAAAAAAGAAGAACGAGAACUUCACCAAAAAGCCGAGCAUGUUGUCCAGGAAGUUGAAUCUGGUGACAAAAAAAAAGACGAAGACAAGGAAAUGGAGGACUAA